GGGCGCCACGGGGAGGCGCGCCGGGGGGCGGUGGAGCACGAGCCGAGUGCAGCAGACCUCAUUUUCUCUGUUCUCCAGCCUCAUUUCGGCUUCUCAGCUCGCCUGGACCCUGUCUCUGGGCUAAGUAGCAACAUGAGCGACAACUUAGAUGGAAAGGACGACUUUGAUGAGCAGUUGCGAAUGCAAGAAUUGUAUGGAGACACGAAGGACGGAGACAUCCAGAAAGAUCCCGGCGGAGCAACCGGUUCUUUUGGACAGCAGCCAGAUGACACCCCCUACGAGUGGGACCUGGACAAGAAGGCUUGGUUCCCCAAGAUCACUGAAGAUUUCAUCGCUACAUAUCAGGCCAAUUAUGGCUUUUCUAAUGAUGGUGCGUCUAGCUCUACUGCAAGUGUACAAGAUGUCAGUGCUAGGCCCAUAGAAGAACCUCCACAAAGAAAAACCCCUGAACCUACUGAUCCCAAAAAGAGGGGAGAAAAGAGAAAGGCUGAUUCAGGAUGGUUUCAUGUUGAAGAAGACAGAAAUACAAAUGUAUAUGUGUCUGGUUUGCCUCCAGACAUUACAGUGGAUGAAUUUAUACAGCUCAUGUCCAAGUUUGGCAUUAUUAUGAGAGAUCCUCAAACAGAAGAAUUUAAGGUCAAACUUUACAAAGAUAAUCAAGGAAAUCUUAAAGGAGAUGGACUUUGCUGUUAUUUGAAGAGAGAAUCUGUGGAUCUCGCAUUAAAACUUUUGGAUGAAGAUGAAAUUAGAGGCUACAGAUUGCAUGUCGAGGUAGCAAAGUUUCAACUGAAGGGGGAAUAUGAUGCCUCAAAGAAGAAGAAGAAGUGCAAGGACUACAAGAAAAAGCUGUCUCUGCAACAAAAGCAGUUGGAUUGGAGACCUGAGAGAAGAGCUGGGCCAUCCCGAAUGCGCCACGAGCGAGUUGUCAUCAUCAAAAAUAUGUUUCAUCCUAUGGAUUUUGAGGAUGAUCCGUUGGUGCUGAAUGAGAUCAGAGAAGACCUUCGAGUAGAGUGUUCAAAGUUUGGACAAAUUAGGAAGCUCCUUCUCUUUGAUAGACACCCAGAUGGUGUGGCCUCUGUAUCCUUCAGAGAUCCAGAGGAAGCCGAUUAUUGCAUUCAAACCCUUGAUGGACGGUGGUUUGGUGGCCGUCAAAUUACUGCCCAAGUGUGGGAUGGGACUACAGAUUAUCAGGUGGAAGAGACCACUAGAGAAAGAGAGGAAAGGCUGAAAGGAUGGGAGGCAUUCCUCAAUGCUCCCGAGGCCAAUAAAGGUCUUCGGCGUUCAAAUUCCAUCUGUGCUUCAGAAAGGGCAGGGCCUUCUAGAAUAAGGCAUUUUUCCGAGCACCCUAGCACAUCUAAAAUGAUUGCUCAAGAAGCUGCAACUGGAAUGGCAUUUGAAGAACCCAUAGAUGAAAAUAAGUUCGAAAAAACAGAAGAUGAGGGAGCAUUUGAAGGAGAUACUUCUGAAAAAGAGGCUAAAGAAGGUGGCCCCGAAAAAGAAGUUAAAGAAGCUGGUCCGUGGAAAGAAUCUGAAGAAGGCUGCCUUGAAAGAAAGUCUGAGGAAGGCUGCCCCAAAAGAGAGUGUAAAGAAGACUACCCCAAAGUAGAGUCUGGAGAAGGCAAUCCCAAAAAAGAGUUUGAAGAAGGUAGUCCUAAAAAAGAGUCUAAAGAGAACAGCCCCGAAAGAGAAUCCAAAAAGAAGAAACUCAAAAAUGUUUAUGAAGAGAAUGGCCUUGAAAAGGAGUCUGAAGAAGGUGGCCCCAACAAAGAGUCUGGAGAGGAAGAUGGCCCCCAGAAGGAGUCUGAAGAGGAUGGCUCGGAGAGAGAAUCUGAAGAAGACUGCUUUGAAAAGCAGUUUGAAGAUGGCUCUGAAAAAGAAUUUGAAGAAAAUGGCCUCAAAAAAGAGUUUGAUGAGGAGUUUAAUGAAAACGUUCUCGAAAAAGGAGAAAAUUACUCUGAAAAAUCAGAAUUUGAAGAUGACAGCUUUGGAAAAGUGUUUGAUGAAGGCUCUGAGAGAGAAUUUGACGAAGGGUCAGAUGGAAAGGAAGGAGAGGAAGAUACAUAUGAAAAAAUUUUUGAUGAUGAGUCUGAUGAAAAAGAGGAUGAAGAAGAUGCAGAUGAAAAGGAGCUUGAAGAUGCUGAUGAAAAGGAGGAAGAUGAUGAUGCAGACGAAAAGAUGUUUGAAGAUUCAGACGAAAAAGAAGGUGAAGUAGAUGUAAAGGAAGAUGAAGAUAUUGAUGAAAAGAUGUUCGAAGAUGAUGAGUCCAAUGAGAAGUUGUUUGAAGAGAAUUCCAGUGAGAAGUUAUUUGAUGAUUCUGACGAGAAAGGAACUGUGGGUGUUACAGGGAAUGUUCAGGAAGAAGAGCCCCAGUCCACAGGCAGCAGCUUUGUCCUCAGUACUGAUGAUGACAACGACGACGACGACGACGACGACGAUGACGACGAUGAUGUUGAUGAUGAUGAUGACGAUGAUGAUGAUGAUGAUGAUAUUUAAUCCCUUAAGCUUGCUUUUGAGGGCAGUUCCUCCAUCUACAUUUGCCUAUGCUCCAGGAUAAUUACUACUAGUAGUGUUACACAAAUGUGCAUAAUGGUAGGAUAUCAUCAGAUUCAUGCAUUGAUGUUUUCAUUGUUAAUUGUACUUAAUGGUUUUAAAUAUGUGUUAAUUAGCUGUUUAGUUAAAACUUCAUAGUGUAAUGCAAGUAAACUGGAUACUCAGCCCUUGUCAGAUUUGUUAAAUGCAUGCAGAAUAAUAUUUUUUAAAGUAUUCUGAUUGAAAUUUGUGAUAUUCAGAAAUAAAAGUAAGUUGUUAAAUGCAGAAACUGAAAAUUGGACUUGAGUUAAAUUGGAUUUUAAAUUCUUACUGUUGCUUUAUUCAUACUUACAUUUAAUUUUUUAAGGAUUUGAAAAAUUCUGUAGGAGGCUCCUUGCUUUCAGCGUAUGUUACCAGUUAAGUCCCCAUUUCCCCUUUCUAAACCAAGAACAUGUUACUAAACUUAAAAGAUUAACAGCACUUUGAAGUUUUUUCCCUGCCCAGUCCUUUCAAAUUACUUUCAUUUUUCUUUUCUACUCUCUUUCCAUGAAAAUUGACGAUUAGAUAUGUAAGAGUGAACUUCCCGAUGUCCACUGCUUUUAUGACUGAAAACAUAGAGAAGAUUAGAAUUCUACUGUGUACUAUUUGGGCUCCUUUAGAACUUGAUUAGGGUUGUAGGACCUCUCCCCAGAAUAGAACGCACACUACACAACUUUUUGUAUACAAUUUUGGGAGGUUCGUGCAUCCCUUGGAGUUUGAGAACAUCUUUUGUUAUGCAUACUUCAGUUUUGUGUUUUUGUUUUUGUUCUAGAAUCGUGCCUAGUACUGUGCUAAAUUGUGUAGUCCCAGUAAAAUUUUGGGUCUUUCUUGCUUGUGCUUUCCAAAUUCAGUAUUAAUUGACUUCUGAUGUAGCUUUAAGAAGUUACUCUCAUAAGUUAGAAACAUCAAAAUAAACUGCAUUGAUGCUUUUUCAUUA